AUGUCCGCUGGUAACGAACUCUUCCCCAGACAGCUUCAGGAGCUUCGAGUGGUCUGUCAGGCCCUUGGAGAGAAUCUCCGUGACAUACAGACCGCGGUGAUUCAACGUGGCGACCAAGAUGUGACAUUGCAACGUUGUCAUACGGCUUUCAAUAGCAUAGACAGCAGAGUACGAGUACGCACCAUUGCACGCGACACCUACACAACUGCGGAAUAUUUCCGCAUCAAUAUCUUUAAUGUCUUGUUGGGUGACGGCAGCACUGCAACCAAGAUCGGGAGACUUGAUGAAUUUAUCCAGUCCGACUCCUUCAGAAGAAAGUAUCAUGCCCCGGCUCCAGUCUUUGAGGACUCUCAACGCUUGGCAGAUGCUUUAGCAAGGUCUUCUAGCCUUCUGCAGGGUUUCAAUCUGACGGGAAUAAAUAAUCGUUUUGAGACUCUACUGGGUGCACUUAGGGUGUUCAAGGACUUCUACACCCAGGUCGUACAAUACGUCAAGGAGUUCAAAGAUCGCUUGGGUGGAAAUGGAAUCUCAGUUGAGAUUAUCAAGCCAGUCUCCGAUUGGUUGCUUCGAAUCUCUAGGGCUCUUGUGGAAUUUCAAAAUUCCGUUUGAAGCUUGUACUAUUCGCGACUAUCGGCUAUGGUCGAUUUAUAAUUUUUCUGAACCACUUCCUACUAGUAUUCAUCGCUACAAUGCAUUUGCUGGUUUCGUAUAUG